CCGACAGCGGCACCGGCACCGACACCGCACCGGCAGUGCAGCUACGGGCGGAGCGAAGCAGAGCCGCCCUGGCCGAGCCGCUUCCCUCCAGGGAUGGGAGAGGCCUUGCAGGAGCGCCGAGGGGCCGUCCUGCUGCCCAGGAGCUGCUGCCACCCCCGGGGAGCUGCCAGCUGCCAUGCUGAGCUGGCUGGCUGCACCAUGACCCUCACCAGCACCACACCAGCCACCAGCGUGGCCCAGGCUUUCUUCUGCCUCCUGCUCUGCAUCCCCUGGGGCAGCUCCUGCCCCCCCAGCUGCCAGUGCACGGAGCGGGCAGGGGCGAAGGCCGUGCUCUGCAGCUCCCAGCACCUGGAGGAGAUCCCCAAGGACAUCCCCAGAGACGUGGUGUUCCUCAAGCUGGAUGCCAACAGCAUCACCAGGAUCCCCAGCAACGCCUUCAGGCACCUGUCCCACCUGGAGGAAAUCGAUCUGUCCAGGAAUGCCAUCGAGAAGAUCGACAGGGCAGCUUUCAGAGGGGUGGCAGCCGGGCUGCGCAGCCUCGACCUCUCCAGCAACCGCAUCCGCAGCAUUCCCAAGGAGGCCCUGCUGGCCCUCAACGCCAAGCUCCGCCUGGCCAACAACCCCUGGCACUGCGAGUGCGCCCUGCAGGAGGUGCUGUGGGAGGCACGGCUGGACCUGGACUCCGUGCAGGACAUCACCUGCCACACGGCCCCGCGGCAGGAGUACGUGGGCAAGCCGCUGCUGCAGGUCCUGGAUGCCGGCGGUAACUUCUGCAGCGUGCGGCAGAGGACCAUGGACGUGGCCAUGUUCGUCACCAUGUUCGGCUGGUUCGCCAUGGUCAUCGGCUACGUCAUCUGCUACGUCCGCCACAACCGGGAGGACUCCUGCAGGCACCGGGAGCGCCUGAGGGCACUGCCCAGCGCCCAGCCCCGUGCUGAGACUGCCAGCACUGCCCUGUAGUGCAGGGCUGGGCUGCCAGCUUCCAGCUCCUCCUGCUGGGCAGCAAAGCUUCUCGGUGGGACUCCCAAAGUGCCGCCGAUCUCCCUGGACUGAGCGUGAGCAAACAGCAUGGGGAGGGAUGCCAGGGACACCCCUCGUGGGCCUGUCCAUGGAGAGCAGGUUCCUGGGGACAAGCAUCCCCAGCCAGAGCCUUUUUCUCCCCACCAGAGCCGGGCUCACAGGGAAUGCAGCCCCAGCCACGUGCUUGUGGUUUGGAGAGAGCAAGUCCCUGGCAGGGAGGGAUGAGCUGUGGGUGCAGAGGGUCACUGCAGAGGGGUCACCCCAGUGAGGCAUCAGCCUUGCCAAGGGCAUCCUUCCCAAAGCCCCCAGUACCUUGGCAGCCUCUAUCUGCCUCCAGCAAUGCAUGGGAAACUCCAAAACAUUUGUUUCCUCAAUAAAGCCCUGCACUUUGGAAAAGCC